GGUGUGAAGGAAGUGACCCUUUUGGGCCAGAACGUCAACAGUUACCGGGACACCUCCGAGGUCCAGUUCCUCUCCUUGGCAUCCCCUGAGCUCAGACAAGGAUUCCGGACCGUCUACAAAGCCAAAAAAGGGGGGUUGCGUUUUGCAGAGCUUCUGGACCGAGUGGCGGCCGUGGACCCAGAGAUGAGGAUCCGCUUCACUUCUCCGCACCCCAAAGACUUCCCGGAUGAGGUCUUCGAGGUCAUGCGGGAAAGACACAAUAUCUGCAAACAGGUGCAUCUUCCCGCCCAAAGCGGCAGCUCCCGUGUCCUGGAGGCCAUGAAGAGGGG